AUGGGGGACCUGUGGCCACCCCCCAGCACCCACAUGCUGCUGGUCCUGCUGCUCGCACUGCCGAUGCUUCGGGUGCGAGCAACACAUCCCGACUGCUCCGUUGUCCUCUAUUUCCAAGAGCAAGAAGCAGAAUGUCUGGAAAUUAUCCGGAGGGAAAGCCAAACGCCAACCCCCCCCCGGCCCCCUCAGCAGCAAGGCUGCCGCACCGAGUGGGAUGGAGUGAGCUGCUGGUCAGCCGUGCCUGUCGGCCAGUCCCGAGCCGUCGCCUGCCCCGACAUCCUCCACGUCUUCAAGAAGUCCAAAGCGCUGAUCCGGAGGAACUGCACCGAGUCGGGAUGGAGCUUCCCCAGCCCUCCCUACUACAAUGCCUGCGAGCUGGAGGCCAUUGGCAGCAAUAACGACACCGAGGCCAAGAAAGGCUAUUUUGUCACCAUGAAGGUGCUUUACACCUGCGGCUACUCCACGUCCCUGGCAGCCCUGUUCUUGGCCAUCGGCAUCUUCUCCUGCUUCAGGAAGCUGCAUUGCACGAGGAACUCUAUCCACAUCCAUUUCUUCACCUCCUUCAUACUGCGUGGGGCUGCUGUGUUCAUCAAGGACGCUGUCCUCUUCUCGGACGAGUCCAUUGAUCACUGCACGAUGUCAACGGUGAACUGCAAAGCAGCCAUCGCCUUCUUCCAGUACUCGGUCCUGGCCAACUUCUACUGGCUGCUGGUGGAGGGCAUGUACCUGCAGACCCUGCUGCUGCUCACCUUCACCUCUGACAAGAGGUACAUCUGGUGGUACAUCCUCAUUGGCUGGGGCGUCCCCAUGCUGACAGUCUGCAUCUGGGUGGUCACCAGGCUGCAUUACGACAACCACGGGUGCUGGGAUGACUACACCAGUCUGUACUGGUGGGUGAUCAAGGCUCCCAUCCUCCUGGCCAUAUUUGUGAACUUCCUCAUCUUCCUCAAUGUCACCAGGAUGUUAGCACAGAAGAUCCGGUCCCCAGACAUCAGCAAAAACUACAAGCAGCAGUACAUGAGGCUGACAAAGUCCACGCUGCUCCUCAUCCCUCUCUUCGGGGUGCACUACGUGGUGUUCGCGCUCUUCCCUGAGCACAUUGGUGUGGACGCCCGGCUGUACUUUGAGCUGGUCCUCGGCUCCUACCAGGGGUUCCUGGUGGCUCUGCUGUACUGCUUCCUGAACGGGGAGGUCCAGGCUGAGAUCAAGAGGAACUGGGGGAAGUGGCAGUUGUCCAUGGAGAGCAAUGUCUUCAACCUGGUGACUCAAGACUUCACAGCAUGA